AAACAGCACCAUUUUCUCUUUGUGGUGGGCCGGUAACUGAUUACACGUGCCCAUGAAGAAGUUCUCUUAAAACAAAGAAAAUAAAUAAAGACCGAAUUGAAGUGUUUUAGUGGUGGAAGUAUUUUUGUUGUCUCGAUUUUAAAAACCAAUUGUUAUCAAAAAUGAAUCCAGAAAAAUUGAAGAAAAGAGAACCCCAAGUUCGCAUUGGUGGUAAAGGCACCCCCAGACGUAAAAAGAAGGUUGUCCACUCUACUCAAGCAACUGAUGAUAAAAAACUUCAAUCUUCAUUGAAAAAACUCUCUGUUAACACGAUACCAGGCAUCGAAGAGGUUAAUAUGAUUAAAGAUGAUGGUACAGUAAUACACUUUAAUAAUCCAAAAGCACAAGCUUCCUUAACCGCAAAUACAUUUGCAAUCACGGGUCAUGGUGAAAAUAAACAAAUAACGGAAAUGCUCCCAGGAAUUUUAAGUCAGCUUGGCCCUGAAGGAUUAAAUCAACUUAAAAGACUGGCCAGUACGGUAGCUAGUGCAGGUGUUGGAAAAAUAGUCCAAGAAGAUGAAGAGGACGUGCCAGAUUUAGUAGAAAACUUUGAUGAAGCUUCCAAAGAGGAGGUUGGCAAAAAGAAGGAAGAGGAUAAACCCAAGGAUAAAGAGAAAGAAAACUGAGCGACUAACAGAUACCAGUUGGAUGCUGUUGCUUGCUCUUGUAAUCUGUAAUUGUAAGUGUUUUUCAAGACGCAUUGCCAAUAAAACUGUAAUGUGUAUCUUAAUAUCUAGUUUUCUGUCAUGCCCUGUAUAGGAUGUUUUCUAAGAAAUAUUAGACCAAAACAAAUUCAUUUUAUUGUAUGACAAGAAAAUUAAUAUCUAAUCUAAUUGCAAAGGAUGUACUUUUGUUUUGGUUUGUUGAAUAAAACGUUAAUCACAUAGUU